AUGUCCAUCAGAGGAAGCCGUGUGGGGGCUAGAGGGAAGACCUCAUACGACCCCUCGGCGUGGGCUGAGAAGAAGAGGACGGCGAUUGAGAGAGCUGAGAAGUUGAAAGUAGAGAGAAGGAAGAUGAAGGAAGCGGCGAGGGACGGGGUGGAGACGGAGGCGUUGUUGGAGGUGCAUGAUAAUGUGAAGUAG